AUGAAACAUAAUCUAACACAUGGUGCAGCUAUUGGUGGAGGUUUUGCUGUGAAUUCAUUAGUGGGAAUGACAACACUUGCUGGAAUUGUAAUUCAUGAAAUUCCACAUGAAAUGGGAGAUUUUGCUAUACUUUUAAAAUCAGGUUUUAAUCGUUGGGAAGCAACAAAAGCUCAACUUAUAACUGGUUUAGGAGGAGUUUUAGGCGCUGUAAUGGCACUUUAUUAUUCAAGUUCAAGUCAUAGUACUUUAUGGGUAUUACCUUUUACUAGUGGUGGUUUUCUUUAUGUAGCUCUUGUUAAAACAGUACCGGAUUUAUUAAAAGAAAAUGAUUUAUCACAUUCAUUUCGACAAUUUAUUGGUAUUAUUGGAGGACUUUCAAUAAUAUAUUUUAUUGUUCUUUAUAUUGGAUAA